AUGAGUCGCCUAUCACCUGUUUCGGUUUUAGCCGCGCUCGUUUCAAUUUCAUCGAUUGUUCCUUCCCACGCCCAACUUUAUGAUCAAAUCAUUCAGACAACAUAUGGACCAGUUCAAGGCUACCAGUACUUCAAUCAGUCGCAACUCGAAACGUACUUCAAUCGCUCCACGAGCUAUGUAGCUGCUUUCCUUGGUAUUCCAUACGCUGCGGACACUGCUUACGAGAACCGCUGGAAAGCACCUCAGCCACGCGAACCCUGGAACGAAACAUUGAAUGCAUCUACGUUUGGACCAGCCUGCCCUGUAACUCAUGCAAACUCAUACAGUGAAGAUUGCCUCAGCCUGAACAUCUGGACAAACGCUGCCACUGCCAACGCUUCCCAUCCCGUUCUCCUCUGGAACCAAGGAAGCGAUGAGUCAAGCGACAAUACCUGGUGGUAUGGCGGAGGCAUGGCGCUAAAGGAUAUCAUCGUGGUUACAUUCAACCGCAGAGACGACGCCUUCGGGUAUCUUGCCCACCCAGAGUUGAAUGCCGAAGGUUUUGAAGCUACCGGGUACAACACUUCAGGUACAUAUGGUAUUCUCGACGAGCUUGAGGUGCUCAAGUGGAUUCAAAAGAACAUUGCGCAGUUUGGAGGCGAUCCUACCAAGGUCACUGUUGCCGGCCAAUCCUUCGGCUCCGGUCAGGUUUACCAUGCUGUCAACAGUCCCCUCUUCUCGGGCUAUUUCCGAGCCGCAAUCUCACAGAGUGGUAUCAGAUACCCAUACGAUACCCUUCUAGCCGGUUUAGCAACCUCAUAUGUCAACAUGUCAACCGCCGUCGAAAAUGGCCUAAAUUACACAGCGGCCCACAACGUAUCCUCCAUCGCUGAGCUCCGCAAACUAUCGACUGCUAAACUCUUAGUCGGCUCUGGGGACCGUGUCGGAAACGAAUCCAUCUGGUGGGUAACAGCCUUAUCCGCCGGCUAUCCACUCAAAUUCAAGCCCGCUUUUGACGGCUAUGCAAUCCCAAUGCGCUACACUGACCAGCUUCACGCCGGACCUGGCAAUGACGUGCCCCUCAUGACAGGGAACACACGCGACGAAAGCGGUGCAGAACUGACGACAAGCUAUACCGUUGCCGAGUAUAACGAGUACAUCCCUCUCAAAUACGGUAACCUCACUUCGCGAUAUUUGGAACUCUACCCUGCCGGCAAUUCCACAGACACCGCCUCAACUGCAUGGCGCAAAGCCGCCACAGAUAAUUCCCUCGUCUCCUCUUGGGCUUUCGGAACCAAAUGGGUAAAGACAGCCAAAUCCCCCUUCUACACAUACUACUGGGACCACUCUCCCCCCGGUCAAGAUCAAGGCGCAUUUCAUCAAUCUGAAAUCAUGUAUGUUAUGAAUGCGCUGUAUGCCAACACCGACAAAUACACUUUUACAGAUUACGAUUACUAUCUCGGAGAAGUCAUGUCGAGUUACUGGACUAAUUUCAUCAAACAUCUUGAUCCUAAUGGUGUUGCUACCUCGACUGGAUCUAAUCUGACACACUGGGUGCCUAACGAUGGAGAGAGCCAGACGGUUAUGCGUGUUGGUGAUGGGUUUGGCGCGACGAAGAUUGCAGAAAAGGAAAAGGUCACUCUGAUCAUGGAGUACUUUGCGCAGCAAAGUCCUUACUAG